AUGACAGCGUUUAUCUGUCCGGCUUGUGGAACGCAAACUUCAUUGUUCUGUUCUUCAGUCACAGAAGGAGUCGAUCAUCUGGCCAAAGUGACCGGUUUGCCAAUCCUCGAGCGGAUUCCGAUCGAUCCACAGCUGGUCGAGUCCGGGGAUUUUGGGAAACCGGUGCUAUUCGCCUAUCCUCAAGCCAAAGUGUCCCAGUUGUAUCGAAGACUCGCGCAGAAGGUGGUGCUUUUUGAACAGUCGAAUGAAAAAUCCGCGCGUGAUUAUAAAGAACAAUGA